CUGCUAUUUGUUUUCUUAGUGCUAAAUCUAAAGAACGUCAUGAAGCUUAAUUUGAGUGAAGGGGCCAAGACAGCAAAAUAUAGUGGGAAGGUAGUUCAAACAACACAUCAGCCAAUCGAUUCAAAGUUUGAACCCAGUCCUCAAUUUUCUCCCUAGGUAUUCCAAUUCGAAUCAAAUAGGUAAGAUGAAGAUAUAAAUACAUGAUAUGCAGCUGCAAGGAUCCAAAUCUUUUGAAUCUUUGUUCUUCAUACUACGCCGCUCCCGCUUCAGCAAAUCUCCACCAUAUAAGACACUUUUCCCACAGCUUUUCGAGCUUCAAGCUCCCCGUUAAUAAUGGACUCAUCAUCAUCAGAAGUUAAUGAGAUCAAUGUGAUCACCCUCAAUUGCUGGGGUCUCAAGUUUCUUUCUGAUUUGCGGAAUGAACGUCUGACAGAGAUUGGGAAGGCCAUUGGGUCUGCGAGUCCUACACCUCACAUAGUCGGUCUACAAGAGUGCUGGACACAGCAAGACUACAAGAGUAUACGAAAUGAAACGAAGCAUAUUCUGCCUUAUGGGAAGUUCUAUCACAGUGGAAUAUUUGGAGGAGGAUUGGCAAUACUGUCCAAAUGGCCAAUAGAGGAGAGCUCGAUGUUCAGAUAUCCCCUAAAUGGAAGACCUACAGCGUUCUUUCGAGGCGACUGGUUCGUCGGAAAGGGUGUUGCUGGCGCGAGAAUACGAUAUGGACAAGGUGCAAAAGAUAUUGUAGAAGUCUUCACAACACAUGUCAGUACUUUGAAGCUUUUUCACUUGCCAAAGCUGACAUACAUAGCUCCACGCGCCUUACGAAACGGAACCGCACGAUUCUUAUAUCUGCCAUAGGACAGCACAAGCAUGGGAAAUAGCAAAACUUAUGAGAGGUGCCGUAGAGCGUGGACAUCUAGUUCUAGGCCUCGGUGAUUUCAACAUGAUACCAUUAUCGCUCGCUCAUCGACUGAUCAGUACACACUCGCCUGCUCGUGAUGUCUGGAUGGUUCUGCAUCCUGAUUGCUCCAUUGGUGCAGCAAUCGAUGAAGUCGAAAAAGCUCGACACCGUCCAAUACCAACUGCAGAGUUCAACCUACAUGAAAAUGGUGCUACGUGCGAUAGUGUAUUGAAUACAUGGCGGUGGAAUAAAGGUCAACAAAAACGCCUCGGACCAAAUAGACCAGAGAUCGAGAUUCCCGGCGAUACACCUGAUCCUCGAGCCAAACGACUUGACUAUAUUUUCGCCAACACAUGCUUCGAUGAAAGUAAUCCAUCAGCAGGAGGAUGGAUUGUAAAAAAUGCACGUGUUGGUAUGCUCCAACGACAUUCUAAGUAUCAAUGCUCAUUGAGCGAUCACUUCUCCGUCGAAGCAACAUUAAUACACACAAAAUAUUCUUCACCUGCCGAGCAAACCAUGAAAAAUAAAUCAGCUGUGUCUAGCGGAGUUUACCUGCACACCGCCACCUCAGAAUCUCACCUCAUUAGUGCACACAAUCAGUUAAAACCACCAUCUUCCCCGCCUCACUUACCAAUCUCCACAUACGAUGAAAUCAUCGCCAUGAUUCAUAAAUACCGUCUUCGAGAGCGUCGCCAACGACGCCUUCGUCUAGGUCAUUUUGUCGCUUCCGUUUUCAUAAGCAUCGGCUGUUUUAUAGCCGUAUGGUGGAGUCCACGCAAUUUCGUUGCAUUUCUACUCAUGUUGUUAUCAACUUUAGGGUUAGGCGCUGGCAUUAUUGAUGGAUUGAUUGGAGGUCUGUUUGUGGGGAGUGAAAUUAGAGCACUUAAGGAGUUUGAGUGGGAGAUUAGUAAUGCAAGGGCCGCGGCUAAUGGAGAAUCGCAUGUUUUGGAAGAGGAGGGUAUUCAGGAUUGGUAGUCUCUUUCCCGUGAGGAACGUAAUGCGUAAUUUGAAGAGAGCUCGCCCAGAGUAUCGUAGAUGGAUCAUCACUUGCUGGUUAUGUUUGUAUUUGCUUGCUAUAUUUUAGUGUCGUAAUGCUGUCAUGGAAUUGCAUUAUACCCAAAACUAGUGUUUCUGCAAGCCUUGCUUCUUCUUUCUUUUCUGCAUCAAUGUUAAAAGCCGCAUUUUCAUCAAUCAGUGCAUUUUAGGUUUAACAUAUUACAUGCUUUUACUUGUGGUCAUAUCAUGGAUAGUAGUUGAAAUUAUCGGCAAUUCUGAUGUCAUUGCUCUUUCC